AUGACAGGUGGUUUGCCCAAAGGAAUUCCAUUGAUCGCCAACAAGAUGAUGGGAGAGCCGAGGAAGCCCGACAAGUUGGAGAAGGAAAGGGGUUCGAGCGAGGACGCGGAUUCUCUGAACAGCUUCAAGAUCAGCAGGUCGUCUCGGGAGCCUCCGACGCGCGAGUCUUCUAGCAGCUCGGGGGUAGAAGUGAAGAAGAAGAAGAAGAAGGCAAUCCUGACGCCCGUGAUGGCCCUGGAGAUCUACUCUUACCGCAACGUGGACACGGAGAACAAGACAGCGGAGAGCUGCGAGGUAGCAAACAAGUACGGGAUCAGUUCUAAGUCCGUCAGGGACAUCUGGGACAGGAGGACGUGGGCGAGGAUCACGCGGCAGAUGUGGACGAGGCAGGAAAAGGAAGACUACGACAAGACCCAUCAGCGAGGGCCAGGCCGCCCAUCGGGCACCAAGGAUUCGAAGCCGAGGAAGAGGAGGAUUCAGAGCAAGCGCCAAUCCAAGGUCAAGGCAGCACAGCUCGCCUCAACUUCGCAAGAGGCGGCGGAUGUUUUCAACUCCUCCAAGUCGAGGAAGAGGAGGAAGGUGAAGAAGACCGAGGAGGAAAGAGAGUCGCCGAGGCCGGCAAGCGACAAGUCCGGCGGGAACGGAUCGUCGGACAACAACAAAGAGAGCACCGACUUAGGGCAGAACAGCGAGGAAAGGACGUCAAACUCCUCCCCGUAUAUGAGCUGCUCGAGCGAUGACAAGCAGGGAUUACAUGCAGUCACGGCACAGCUCGGAGGAGAGCUGAGCUGGGACGUGGAGCUGGGUGGCCAAGACAAGUUUGAAGUGGGAUUGAUGGUUAUAAAGGAUGACAUCAGUCGGCAAGUUUGUUAG